UCGAACCAGAACCAAAUUUAGAUAACGAUAAGGGAGAGAGAGGGGGGUGAAGGGGAGCGGAGAUCUUAAGUGUUAUGUGCUGCAGGUUAUCGCAGGAGCAUCGUAAUAUCUGUUAGAUGAGAUGGAGAGUGUUCGUGCGUGAGUCGGUGUGUCUGCGUGUCUCGGCAAGCCAAGACUCCAGGGCGGUCGGUCAGUCCCUGCUUGGAGUUCGAACGUAUUGGAUAUAAGAAACACCGUGUCACUGCAGGACAUAUUUGACUCACCAGUAACCUACCAGACCUCCCUCCCUCCCCCCACCCCCGCCCUUUCAGCCUUCCACGGCACCAGCCCUUCCCAAGCUUGCCAGACCGCAACGAUGGACCACAAGAUGAAAACCACCUCGUCGGUCCGGUCUUUCGCACUCAGAACCUUGGCUUUAGGAACCAUCAUGCUCGCGGGGGCAGUCAGUGGGUACGUCCUGACUGCUGUCCUGCUCGUGUGCGCAUCGACUCUCCUUCUGCGCUACCUUCAGAAGAAGCACUCUCACUGGAGGAGAAUGGGGGUUCCAUCGCCUCCCGCGAGCCUUGUGGUGGGACACACGCUCCGGAGGUUAGGCCUCUCCGUUCCUUUUAUGAAGUUCUUCGACGAAAUGUACAACGACUAUAACGGUUGUGAUUUCUGCGGUUAUUACGACUUCCUGAAGCCGGGUCUCUUCGUUGGCAACCCCGAGCUCAUCAAAAGUAUCCUCGUCAAGGACUUCGAGCAUUUCAGCGAUCGCAGGACCUUCGAUCUGGGCAAGGUGAACCCGAUCGCCAACGACAUGCUCACCAACGCCACGGGAGCUCACUGGCGUCUGAUCAGGAGCGUCGUGUCCCCAGCCUUCACCGCCACCAAGACGCGGCGCCUCCUCCCGCUCAUCACGCAGAGGGCGGCGCACCUCACGCGGCUGGCGGCGGACGAGGCCACGAAGGGAUCCGUGGAGGCACGUGCUCUCUGCGGGCGCUACACCAUGGACAGCAUAGCCUCGUGCGCCUUCGGGAUCGAGUGCGACGCCCUGAGCUCGGAGGCCGCCACCUUCCCCAAAAUGGCCGCCAAGAUCUUCCAGCUGUCGCCUAUCAGGGCUCUUAAGAUCGUGACCCUCCUCGUGGCGCCCAAACUUGCCCAGAUCGUGCACAAACUGGGCAUCGACUUCACCAGCCCCGAAUUCCACUUCUUCAGGCACGUGGUGAGUCACACACUGCGCAUGCGUGAGGAGAGCGGUAUUCGAAGAGGGGAUUUUCUCGACCUCAUGAUGGAGACCAAAGCCAAUGGAAAAGAAGGAUUAUCUGACAACACCAUGGCGGCACAAGCUAUCCUCUUCCUUCUCGCUGGCUAUGACAACACUGCAAAUACGCUGUCAUUAGCUCUCUUUCUGUUAGCACAUCACCCAGAGAAGCAGGCUGCGCUAAGGAGGGAACUGGCUUUCGCUAAAUCAGGGAGUGGAGGAGAGCUGACCCACGACCAAAUCAUGGAAUUGCCUUACCUCGACGCCGUAGUGAGUGAGACCCUCCGCCUGUACCCGGCUGCCCCUGUUAUCGAGCGGAUCUGCACCAAGCAGUACACGAUCGGCGGAACUUCGGUAACCUUGGAGCGAGGUCAACCAGUGAUCAUUCCCGUAUGGAACAUCCAUCGUGACCCCCGGUACUGGCCUGACCCUUUGACCUUCAGACCAGAGCGGUUCGUGGGUCGAGCGCGGGAGACCAUCGUUCCGUAUUCCUAUCUUCCUUUUGGUCAGGGGCCGAGGAGUUGCAUAGGUUUAAGAUUCGCCUUGUUGGGGAUAAAAGUCGGUCUCCUACAUAUUCUGACGGCGAUGGAGGUGAGAGAGAGCCCCUCCUCCGUCUACCCAGUGCCCCUCGACCCCAAAGUCCUCACCCUCCAGCCCAAGGACGGUAUCUACAUCGACCUCAAGCCCUUGGAAGCUGGAAUCCACAGUGCCGUCAAGGAGGAGAUGGUUAGAUAUCCACCUUCAAAUUCUUAUGACCAUGGACUUCUUCGGGAGCUCGAGAUGUUUUAUGCGACGGAAGAAUCAAAUAUGGAGGUUAAAACUUCCUGAGGGCUUCUCUAAAUUAUAGUGCUAAUUUUUCGGAAAAAAAAAUUGUCGAUAUCAAAUAUUUUAUACUGAAAGUUGCAUAUCUUCGUGUAUGAUACCAGGAAUUUAUGGUGUAAAUGACGUUAUUUUUGUAGUUCCUAAAAUAUUUUAAUGUUUGAAUUAUUGUGUCGUUAUUUGUAUUUUGAAUCAAACUUGUUCAGUGACAUUGAGCGCGAUGCAGACACGUAAUAUUGUUAAUAUGUUUCAUUUUUGUAGAAUAACCAUGACCAUGAACUAUCCUCGAUAAAUAGAAAAAAACAGGGAAGCAUUGUGAUUCUUAAUUAUCUAAUCAAAUAUAAAUCAGAAAAGCUGUUAAUUUACAUAAUCUUUACUUGCGUUACCCCCUUCACUGCAGACAUCGUCAGUAUUUUUUUUAUUAUUAUUUUUUUUAAUACAAAAGUCCCUUCUUUCCACACAUUUUUUUAAAUAAUAAAAAAGUUCUUAUACUUAUAACAAUGUUAUAGUCAUAUGGUUUAAGCCAUCGUUUGUAAUUAAUAUCAAGUGUUGUAUAUUAAAUUAUCAAAGUCCGAGAGUUUUAUACAUGUCACUGCCAUAUAAAAAAUAAAUUCCUUUGUACAUAUAAAAGUAAUUGGAAACAUCGCUCAAAAGACAAAUAUUUUUGUUAGAUAUUUAUAUUUAUUUAUAAUAUUUAUUAAAUAAAGAUAUUUAUUGUUUUAAUGUGUACUUUAUUCAUUACCAUUUGUAUACGUUUUCCUAAAUAUCAAAACUAUACAACCUACAUUACAUUUAUCCUCAGCUUACUAAAUAAGGAAGGUAAUCAGCUGAUCCUUAUCCAUGCUGCUGCUUACACUGAACCCAUAUCCAUAAAUUUCUUCUCUUUUUGAAGUAAUAACUGAAGGAAAGAACAACCUUAAGAGAGGGAAAGUCGAUUAUCUGCCUCCAUACUUAAAGAACUGAUGGAAAAGACCUAAAUGCAUUUUUAUUUUAUUGAUUUGUAAACAUAUAUGAAAAAAAUUAAGACAUUUGGUUAUGCAAGAUUUAAACUCCAAUUAAACUUGUAAGCAUAUGAUGAACAAAGAAUAUAUAUUUCUGCAUUGUUGAAUGCAAUGAAACUCACACCCUCAGCUCUUGUUUUUGUUCUACAACAAUGUCAAAAAAAACAUAAGGAAAAAUAACAAAACUUUAUUUUCAUUCAAAGAAUUUAUAUUUACAUUAUUUUGAGAAUAAAAAGGCCUGUAAACUUUUUUUAAAAACAUUUAUAAUCACAGACUCAAAUAAUCCAAUUAACACUAAUGUUCCAUCUAUCAAGCAAUGGAACAAAUCUAACUGAUAUUCCCACCAAAUUUUAUACAUAGCCUCCCACUACAUAAUAAUCCUAUAGUUUAAUACGAACACGGCUGCAUAUGACUUGAUUAUGCAGGAACUUAUGUACAAAUAAACACUUUGCUACAUUUUUUAAUACCAUUCUGAUAUACAAUAAACAUUUCAUAACAGUCAACACAUUUCAGGAACAUUUCACUUUCAGUAUCAAGCUACAUUUUAAAUUUAUAUUUCUCCAGUUCCUGACUGUUAAAUAUCAACAAAAUGGUAACAAAUGCAUUUCAUAAACUCUUCAAAGGAUACCUUUCUUGUAACGCUAACAUCAACCUCUCCAAGUUAAUUAAUUUUUUUUUCUUUUAGUCUCCAUAAUAAAAUAAUAUUCCAAAAAGAAAAACAAAUUAAAAUAUCUAUUAGCAUUCCCUUUCUUUUUUGUUUAGAUAUAUCCAACAUUUCUCUGUCUCACAACUGUUAAAACAAAUUAACUAACUAAUGGUCAUGUGAGUAUUCAAAUAACCACAAAAAAAAGUUUCUACAACACUAUUAUAUCAAAUGAAAUAAAAUAAAAAAUUACAAACUCUCUUCAUUACAUUACACUUUAAACACUCAGAAGAGAAUAUACAUAUAUAUAUGCACUGAUUAACAUAACAUCUGGGGGUGCCAAACUCUGUAGCAUCUCAAUGAAAUAUCAUAUAACAAACUUGGUUAGUUCCUUUGAAGUUAUAAAGCUACUGUGGCCUUGUGGAUAACUUCCCUUGGAAGAACUAAUGAUACAUUAAUAUAUGUUAAUGACAAGAGAAGUAAUUCUGACAUAGAUUUUAUCUCCAGGAAGUUUUGCUAACAAAUGAAUUAAUCAAGAAAUGUAUUAAUAUUACUUCCAAUUAAGAUCAACAUUUAGAUGUUAUCACAACAUGAAUAAUGUUUAUUAUAAUACAAUAGCAAUAAUAAUUACAGAUAAAUAAUGAAGUCGGCCCACUCUCAAACAAGACCUCCCCAAUCAAACAACCAGAAAAUAUAUAUCUACAGACAGAAAUGUAUAAUUUUGGCUGACGGUACGUCUUAAUGAUGAAUGUAGAAUGAUUAUAAUCAUAAUUAGAACUACAGUGAAUGCAAUACUAAUGACAAGGAUGAUUAAUGACAAUAAAUCAUGACAGUGAUGAUGAUAAUUGUAAAGCCAGGGGCAAUGACAAACGGGGUAAAAAUAAAAAUAUUUCUUUAAAGAAAAAGAAAAAGAAAAAAACAUUGCUGAUUUUUUCUUCCAUGACCCAAAAGCAAAAAAAGAAUAACCAGAAAUGCAUAAAGGAUAAUAACAAAUGCAGUCUAGUCUUACAUGCCACUAACAUAUACAGUAUUUGUUGUGUAGACAAAUCCUUUAUGUAUAAAUAUGCCUAUAAUCUGAACACCUACAGAUUCUAAUCGUUAAUAUCUGGAAUAUGUAUUUUGUAUUUGUCUGUGGAAAUGUUUUUUCUUUGUUGCAUCUAAAUACUUCUGCUAGUUUUCAGAGACUGAGAUCUUAUAACAUUGAAUAAUCUUCUGUGAACCAGCAAUAACCUAAUUUGGAAUAUGAAUCUCAAAUGACACUUCCAUUUUAUGCUUGCAAAUAUGGUUAUGCAAUUAAAAUUAUAUAUACACCCUAAAUAUUGAAAAAUCAUCAGGUCAAAGCAAUGGAAUGUAAAGAUGCUUCUGGAAUAAUAAAUAUGGAAUAAGUUUUUUUUCAUUUUAAUUUGCCUAAUGUGAAAUACUGAUUAAAUAUGUUCUGCCUAUUACUAUGAAAUAUAAUAGUUAUUGGUCUGUACGCAUGAUCACCCCCCCCCCC